AUGAUGCUGCCGACCCUUCCGGCGGUGUUACGGCAGCCUCUUGCCAGCCUGGGCAGUGCGGCAUGGACCGCCGUUGCCGGCACGGUGGCCGCGUACGGUGCGAGCAAGCUGUUGAACAGCCUGGUGCUCGGCAACCCGCUGGUGUCGGCUGGCCGGUCGUGGGACUGGACCAAGGAGAUUGUGCUAAUUACGGGCGGCAGCAGCGGCAUCGGGCGGGCGAUGGUGGACGCGUUUGUGCAGUACAAUGUCCGAGUGGUCGUGCUGGACCAGCAUCUGCCGGACGCGAAGAGGCCCUUUCCCGAGGGCGUGACGUUCUACGCGGUCGACCUGACGGCAGAGGAGCAUGUGCACACGGUUGCCGAGUGGGUGCGGCACGACGUCGGCGACCCGACGGUGCUGAUCAACAACGCGGGCAUCACGAAUGGGGGGAAGUCGCUGUUCGAGCUGACAGCCGACGAGGUGCGGCGAGUGUUUGGCGUCAACGCGAUUGCGCCGAUGACGAUGGUGCGCGAGUUCGUGCCAGCUAUGGCAGCGCGCGACCACGGCCAUGUCGUGACGAUGGCCAGCAUGGCCAGUUUCGUCGUCAUCGCCGGCAACGUCGACUACAGCUGCACCAAGGCGUCCGUGAUGGCACUACACGAGGGCCUCACGCAGGACCUCCGGCACCGCUACAAUGCGAGGAGCGUGCGGACGACGUAUGUUCUGUCGACACCGCUGCUUGGGGGCCUGACAGAGACAAGGGACUUUAACGAUCAUGUCUUGAAACCAGAGACUGUUGCCCUCGCCGUGGUCAAACAGGUGCUCAGCGGCUGCAGCGGCCAGAUUGUCCUGCCCCGGGCUAUCUCUUGGGUGUCUAUGAUCCGGUCCUUUCCCUUUUGGCUGCAAGAGCGGAUGCGAGACUCCAAAGCCGAUACUUUGAGAGCCUUGGCGACGUGA